AUGGCCCAGACUCCCGCCGGUCUGUGGCUGCUGGGCCCAGGGGGGCCUCUCACCCUGCUUUGUGUGUCUCCCCCUCUGCUGCAUCCACCUUUCCAGCCCCAACUAGGGGUGGACCACCUGGCAGCAGAGCCGUGGGGGGCCAACCCGUACCUGCCAGCCCCGCGGAACCGAGUUGCCUUCACCAAGCCGCAGCUGAAAGCCUUGGAAUGGGCCUUCCAGCAGAGCCCGUACCCGGACCAGGGAACCCGGCGGCAGCUGGCCGGCCUUCUCCUCCUGCCCGAGGCCCGAGUCCAGGUGUGGUUCAAGAACCGGAGAGCUAAACUCCGCCGGGGACAGCGGCUUCAGCAGCCCAAGGAGCAGAGAUCCCUGGCCCCGGAUGGGACCAAAGUGGCCGCCUGCCCACGUUCAGAGUUUCUGCCCACUGCUUCUGGUACCAGACCCCCAACUCCUGCCCCAGAGCUCUUCCAGAGACCCAAAAGUCAGAGCCAGGGCUGUCAGGGGCCUCCGGGUUCUCCAUGGAGUGGAGGUCUAGGCCUGGGCUGGGGCGUCCCCUGGACGUGGAUGGUGACUCCCAGAUGGGGGACCCUUCCUUCUCACUGGUUCUGCUCACCCCCUGCUCAGUCUUGGUCUGGCCUUCCUGCUACCUACUCCCCCCUCUAUGGACUAGCCAUGGGUCUGAGACCCAACCUGACCAACCAUCCAAUCAACAGCUAUUUCUUAUGUCCCCCCUUCGUGCCUGGGUCUGUGCUCAGUGACAUGGUGGGCUAA